GAUUCCAAGCGUUCCAAGUCUAGCAAAAAAUGCAAGAUGGCCGCGCGAGAUUCAGAUGAUUCUGUCGACUUUACAGACGAAGGAGAGCUUGCCGAGGUCAACAGCCUCGUCAAGAAAAUUUUUGACAUUUUGAACAGGGAGACUUCCCGAGUUCGUAAGGAAAAAGAAGCUUUUGAUGAUGUAGCAAAGAAACUCGAGCACGUCCAUUUUUCUAAGACGUUAAAGCUGAACAUUGGCGGCCAACUGUUUACAACGAGUCUAGAAACAAUGAAGAAAGAUCCUGGGUCAAUGCUACAUGCGAUGUUUUCCGGUAGAUUUGAUUCAAAGCCCGCUGAAGACGGUUCCUACUUCAUUGACCGUGAUGGAACUCACUUCCGGUAUAUCCUGAACUACCUUCGAACAGGGCAGCUUGUUGUUCCGGAAGACAAGAUCGUUCGUAAAGAGUUGUUAACUGAAGCUGAGUUUUACCAAGUCCAAGGAAUCAUUGAUGAGCUCAAAGCCAGCCCCUUUGAAGAUUCCAUUAUUUUGUCCACAGAGCACUGCCAAACCUUGACCAAUUGGUUGAAACACACGCUGACAAGUGCUGGCCACACCUACUCCCUGAUAUAUCGCGCCUCUCGUAAUGGCUGGGCAGCCUCCAACUUUCACUCUUUUUGCGAUCGCAAGGGACCAACUGUGGUGGUUGUCAAAAGUGGGAAUUAUAUCUUUGGAGGCUACACAGAGCAACACUGGGAAUGUAAGUGGCAUAGCAGAACUCAUAGCUCUUUAAAAUUAAAGCGACAGGGUUAAAAUUUGUGACUGAUUGGUUUGAUAUAGCAGGGCAGUCAGUAAGAUAAUUCAAAUUGCUGGGUGUAUGCAUUUAGCAAGUGUCCUACCAUCCCAAUGUUGUCUAGUCUGAAAUGUCACACAUCUCCACCCCCUGAACCCGUGGGGGCACAGGGGAGAGAGAUGUCUGGAUUCUGAGCAUUAUAGAGUUGCCUGGUGGCAUCACCUACUUUUGCAAAUAUGGCAGGUAUUUUUUUGGAUUGGCUAUUGCAUGUAAGUUUUUGAAAAACCAACCCUUUUAUUAUUGGCUCAACGGGCUGAGGAAAACAUCCAGUUUGAAAUAGUGUUGACAGGCUAAUGGCCUCUUCACUAAGUAAAGACUCAACCAUAGUGGCAUCUGAUGACGAACGCUUUAAUUCCAAAACUGCAGUCUCGCUUUAGGCACUUGUAACAAAAAAUGCACUACCAGUACAGUCAAAUAAACUAUUAAGCUAAGACAAAAUUAAUUGACAGCAGAGGAACUGUAGGACAUCGCACUCCAGUCCAAAGACUCGCUUCUCUCAAGAAAAACAAAAUGGACUGUAUCAGUGCCUAAGAAAUGAUAUUGACUGGCUCUCAGCACAAUUCUCCUUAGUUCGUGUUGCUUCGGUUUAAGCUACAAUUCAGAUCUGACGUUCACUUACCAUGAGAAUUCAACAUCCUGCAAACUACACUUUAAAAGAGCUCGGUCUAACAUCAAAACAAAGCAGGAAAUCAUCACAUUGACAGACAAUAAAAACUGCACACAUGCAGCUUUUCAGGUACUUCAGAGAAAACCAAAUUAAUUAAAAUCUUUUUUGAAAGGUCAUUUGGCAUAAGCUAGGUUUCAACAGAGGUCAUAGAAAAUCAGUACUAAACUAUAUAUCUCAGAUCAAAUCCUGCCAGAAACAAACCACAGGAAAUAAUUACUCUAUAUGUAUGAAUCAGACCAGCUUUAUGACCUCUAAAUGCUAGACUCAGGGCAGCAAGAUUUGCUCGAUUUGAGCAGGCAAUGAUCUGAUUGGUGGUAUAAAUUGACACUAGCAAACUCAGGUGUCCAGCCCUCUUUUCAGGGGAGGGGCAUGGGCUCAUUUUCUGAACAGUGGCUGGUGUUUAUUGAGCCCACUAUGACAAUCUUUUGAUGAAAAUAACAGAAAGAACCUUGAAAUAAGAAAACCUUGGUAUAACAAAUGGUCUUCUUUUUUUGUUUUAUAUUUUUAUUUAUAAUUUUAUUCAUUUAUUUUUUUAUAUUAAGAGUAAACUAUAUACUACUUAUUAACCAAGAGCAAGAAGGUCAUUACAGGAAAAUCUCAGACCAAGGCCUUUGAUGUAUUCACUGAGCAAUAGCGAAGUCAAUACAUCAAGGCUGAGGUCUGAUAUUUUUCUGUAAUGACCGAACGGACGAGGUUAAUAAGUUAUCUAUUAUAAUAUUAUGGCCUUUUCAUUAUGGACCUGCGCCUGUCAUCAAUUAAAACCAAAAACUGGUCAGUGGAUAGCUUUAAAACACAUCACCUCAAUGAGUUGUUGCACUGUAGCCCACGAUACAGUCAGCUGUGACACUGGUCAGCCGAUACCCCUUUUUGACAGCAGUCAAUUGGCCAUAACAUGGAUGACCAUAAGAAUGUCCACUAUUAAGUUAUGCCUUGGACACCUAGAAUAGCUAGUAAUGCCCAUUCAUUACAAGAAAACUGCCAAUAAGAGCAUACAUACUAUUAAUAAAGAAGAUCCUCAAUAUAAUAAAACCUUGUUAUGCCCAGCCAGUGAGGAUCAGUAAUUUAUUGAUUUUUGCUGGGGAUUAAGCUUUUUUUCUUAUUAUUAGGGUCUCAACAGUAGCAAGGUGUGCACAAGGUGAUAGGUCAACUCUAGUAAAAUUUAAUCUCUAUAAUUAUAUAUCUAUUACAGAGAGUUCUCUUAGUCUACAAGAUUGAAAGCUUCUUACUAUUCCUACCAUAGUGACCAUAAUACUCUUUUAUUAUGUGGACACUUGGCCCUCUCACUUUGGAAUCUUGAUUAUGGGGGAUUUUGCUUUACUCCAAACUGCCCUUACCAAAUCCAACACUGUUUUGAAUGUAUUUUUAAGCUAUUUUUGAAAACUGUUUUUAACCUGUUUUGUGAAAUAGGUUUUAAAUAGGGUAAAAAGUGUAUUUUUAAUGUAUUUUUCGACUGCUUUUAAAGGUGUUUUAACCUGUUUAAAACGCUAUUAAAAAAGAAUUUUUAAAGUAUUUUAAAAUGCUUUUAAAAUAUAUAAAAAUUCCAGGGCUUUUGCAAGGCUCAAAACAGGUCAAAAACAGUUUUAAAUACCUUAUAAAUCGGAAUAAAAACAGGAUAAAAACAGUUUCAAAAACAUAUUUUAAUUUACUAUACUAUUUUAAAACUAUUUUUAAUGGCAAUUUUAAACGUAUUUUGAAAAAAAAACAGGUUUAAAAUAGGUACAAAAAUAUAUUUUUGAUAUAUUUUUCGACUGAUUUUUAAAGGUGUUUUAACCUGUUUAAAAACGCUAUUAAAAUGUUAUGCUUCAAAAUAUAUUUUAAUAGCUGUUUAAUCGGUUUCGAAAUUUAGUAAAAUACUCGUAUUUGCAAAUACAAUAAAAAAUACUUUGAAAACAGUAUUAAAAUACCACAGAAGAAGAAAAGCAAUAGCACACAUAUAUUAUGAAUUAAAUACAUCAAAAAUAGGAUGCAAAAUGCAAAAACAGUAUAAAAUUGUAAGAACAUAGCCUUAGAGUUGUCUGAAAACAGUAUAAAAUCGGUCGAAAGAGCAUAAAAAUAGUACAAAAACAGGAUGGAAAUACCAUUUAAAUUCAUGAAAUAAAAUGAAUACAAAACCGUCGAAAAUUACCCUGAAAAAGCAAGAUUUACCUCGGCGAAAUUUCUCCACACAGUCCUAGGCUAGGACUUCAAGAGAAUUAUCUCUUAGCCGAUUACUUUACGUUGAUUUCCCUAAGAAUUCUCGGGAAAUUCUUAUGGAAUUUUUCAGAAAUGCUCAAAUCAAUCUUUAGCCUGUGUACAGACCCCUUCCCUCAAUAAAACUCGGAGGGGAGGGGUGGGGGUAUGUACACAGGCUAUCAACCUUUGGCUUCAAAAGGGUAUAACGUUACUGUCGACGUUACCGGUAAAUAUCAGUAAAUAUUAAUCUACAUGCAUGUAACUUACAUUGUUUAUUAUAUUCACGGCUUUACUCAAAUAUCAUCAGAAGCUUAAUGCAGGCUACGCCUGAUCAUUAAUUAGUGGCUGAAAAAGAACAGCAUACGAAUAAAUUUACGCGAGAAUGAAAGAGGCCGGUGACGUGACAUCAAGUGACUGAGAUCAUUUAUACAAAACAGCGAGUCUCUGCAAGGAAUCCUGUAAAAAGUAAAAUUGCCGUACGGGCGCGACUAUAUAAAUGUUUACUACCCUUCAUUUGUUUCUCAUAUGGCGUAUAUCUAAGUGUCUUAGUAACAUUGUAUAUUUAAUACUUACAAUUAGACUGUUGGACUCUUCUCCUGAACCAGAACCUUUCAAAGUACAUAACAGUCGCUGAGGAGUCAUAACCAUUUUUGAUUCGUGAUAAAAGCAACAUCUACGUGUUCCGACAAUCCGCAGAGUUGGAGUGUACUUUUGUAAGAUCGUAACAAACAGUAAAAUCAAGCGCAUUUAAGCUCACAGCAACCGCCCGGGAGCAACCGCCGGUUCAAUAAUUUGAAAUGAGCAAAGGACAAAGGACGGUUUGCUUAUCACGUGCAUUUGUCACAUCACCGCGGCGCGAAGUCGUGAUUUCAGUCGCGCGUGACAUCUCAAAAAUAAUAUGCCAUGCAUGUGCGAAAUAGUCUAUGAGAGAAAGAUAACCAUAUGUCGGAGUUUAUUCAGAUCUGAGCGUUGUUUCUUAGUGCAAUAUAUACGAGGUGAGAUCUUAGCUUGGAUAGUUUGUUUUAAUUAUUAUGAAAUUUCAAGGACUUAUUUUAGACAAAUCUCAAUUGACCGCGCGCAUCCGGUUCUCGGCCCGCGGCUUCGGCUGUUUGCGAAAAAUUUCUACAUGAAAAUUAAAAUGUGAUUUUAAGAAUUUUCUUUUAAAAAACUUAUGGAAUGUCCCGUAGCUGCAUUAAUUGAAUCACGGCUAAAAUCUAGGCGGAGAUUUUCGCAGAGAGCUUGCAGGUAAUGAACACUGAGGAACGGAUUGAUCCUUUAUCGGCACACUGUCACAGUUACGUGUUGUCAGUCAAAGCUAAAAUCUAUUCCUAAUUUUCUUCUCUUUUUUUUCAAUUUUUUUUGAUUUGCUGGGAGAUUUAAUUUUUGGCUUCGCCUCGAGCUUUAUUGAGAGAAGAAUCCGGUCCACAAUAUGACAGCUUGUUUUGAGUCAUUUAUGAGUUCGUGACACGAUGAAGGCUUAAAAAUUAACUUUGUGCAAUUGUUACUUUUAUAGUCUGAGUAUAAGUAUCCCAAAAUACAUUACAAUAUUGCACCUCAAUAAUAAUAAGUAAUAAGUACCCUAUUUUAAAGUAUUUAAAAUAAGGUCAGCAUUUGAUGUCUUUCAGCAGACUUUAAAUAUUUUAUGUACAAUCUGUUUUUAUAGUCAGAGUGUUGUGUGCCCAAAAUACAAUUCAAAUAGACCUCAAAACAGUGUUUAAGUACCCUAUUUAAAAGUAUUUGAAAUGCGGUCAGUAGUUAAGGACUUAAAACAUAUUUCAAAUAGUCUAUUUGAACUCUGUUUGUAACUUUGUGAGUGGAUGCGUCUCAAAAUACAUUUUCGAUACAACUCAAAACAGUGUUAAAGUACUCUAUUUAAAAGUAUUUAAGAUACGGUCAGCAUUUAGGCUCUCAAAACAUAUUUUAAAUAGUCUAUUUCAAUUAUGUUUGUAACUUUGUGAGUGGAUGCGCCUCAAAAUACAUUGUAGAUGCAACUCAAAACAGUGUUAAAGCACCCUAUUUAAAAGUAUUUAAAAAACAGUCGCAUUUAGGCCCUUAAAACAUAUUUCAAAUAGUCUAUUUGAACUCUGUUUGUAACAGUGUUAGUGGUUCUAUGCCCAAAAUACAUUUGAAAUACCCUAUUUUAAUCAUAUUUAUUAAACAAAAUACAUUGUAAAUUGAUGAGAGAGGUUUUCCUUUUGAUGAAAUAUAAUUUAACUACACUUAAGAUAUAUAUCAAACAGGGGCGAAAAUUUAAAUUUUUUUGUCAAAUAGGAUUAAAAUACAGGAAAAUAGUAUUCAAAUACUGAAAAUACAUUUUAAACACUUUAAAAUCAGUUUCAAAAUACAUAUGGUUUGGUAAGGGUGUCUUCCGUAGAAUUGUUAAAGUAUAUGACAAAAAUAUGUUUAAGAAUCAGGUCAUUUUUUAUCUGACCAUUUCCUUUGCUGUUAGGAUUUCUGUGUUACAGACUGUCAAACCUCUUUAUUACAGAUACUAAAGGAACAAAAUCAAGUGUCUGUAUUAGAGAGGUUAGGAACUGUGUGAAGUUUGAUAAUUUUGGGACCAUGCAGGCCCCAGUUAUUCAAAAGGUGCCUUGAUAGCACCUAUCCAGUGGAUAAAUCUCUGUCCAGUGGAAAGUGCGAUUGGUUUCCCAGUACUUCUCUGCUAGGUAGUGAUUUAUUCUUCUGGAUAGCUCUAUCCAACGUUUGAACAACUGGGGCCAGAACUAUAUCCAUGGUGGGGAAGUGUCCAAAUUAUAGACUGAAGUGUCUAUUAGGAGGGGUUGGACUGUAGUAAUUUGACCAGUGUUACAAUGUAUAGAGAUAUUAUAUAGAUACUGGUAACUCAUGUGGUUUAAAUGUCCAGGGGGGGAGGGUGAGGGGUAGACAGCUGCACUUUGGAUGUUGAUGUAGCAUAUGCUGCCUGCCGGUUCUUUAAACCUUCACUCUUAUCCAGACAAAAAUGCAACAUUUCCUACACCCAUAUAGGACCUGCCUCCAGUUUACGAACUCAAGGCAUCCUAAGUUAAUACCUUUUUCGUAGGUGUGGUGGUUUAAUUUCAUUCUUGGUCUCAAUUUUAUUUUCCUUUGUUUCAAACUCAUUAUCAUACAUUAUCAUAUAUUACCAUAUCCAAAAACAAAGGAAAAUAAAAUUUAAACCAAGGAUAAAAUUGAACACAACAUUGGUAUUGUUUGUUAACAAAUUCCCCAUUGUUAUGAGCCAUUUACUUGUUGAGAUAUAAUCUUAGAAGAAGAACUGUUUCUGAAUGUGGGGUCUAAGCCUCUUCAAUUCUUCAAUGGCACUGGCUUCUACACCAUGUUCUUAUAAGAAAAUGUGGAUCUGUGGUUUUUCUGAAGGAGAAAUCCCACAUUAAUAUACCCAAUAAUAUUUUUUGUAACCUAUCUUUCUCUGUUUUUGCCUUAAAAUAAAGAGGAGAAUAAUUUUGUUGACUUUCUCAGACCAAAAUGGUCGAAACAGUAAGCUCACUUCCCUUGAUUAUAAAAAAAAUGGCUUAAAAACCAUACCAGCACAUCAAUAUACAGUUGAACCUCUCUAAAGCGGCCACCUUGGGGACAGAAGAAAGUAGCCAUUGUUGAAACAAGAGUGAAUGUAUGGACUGUCCGCCCGAAAAAAAAUUGCCGUUGUAGAGAGGUGGCUGUUUGUGGAGGAUCGACUGUAGAUUUUAUAGGCUUGCUAGCCCAAGGUCACUUUAUCAAUGCACACGUUUUUUCUUCCCAGCUAUUCCUAAUGGUGCCUACAGAACAGAUCCAAACUCCUUCCUUUUUAGCUUGGUGAAUCCCAGUGGUCUACAGCCUACAAAGAUGUCUCUUAUUCCUGGAAAGGAGAGUUCUGCUAUUCAUUGCCACAGUGGCAGCGGGCCUAGAUUUGGAAGGGGAAUCGAUCUUCACAUUCCUAACGCGCCUAAUUCUAAUAAUUGCUCAGUUAACUUGAAUAACACAUAUCAACUACCUCCUGGACAGAAUGCUAACACCUUCCUAACUGGAAACCAGAAUUUUACUCUAGCCGAACUGGAAAUCUUUAAGUUUGAAAAGUAA